GGGACACGGGUUGCUGUGAAACAGGAUCAGACCGUGAGUGGAGCGUGUCCGCGGACCGGUUCUUCCAGCCCUGGAACUGGGAAUCCUGUACAGCCGGAAUUCUGCCUACAGAAGGAACGAGAGCGAGCUGAGAGACUGGGAUACCCGUGAGGAUGCCGCACUCCGAUGGGAAGGCAGAGAUGCUCCUGUGGAUACUGACAGUCCUUCCCACUGUGGUCCAGUGCAGAGCGGCCGUGGCCUCCUCGGACUCAAUCACCACCGUCCCUGUUGGUGGAUCCAUCCACUUCCCCAUCCUCCAUGCCAGUGAGGACAAGUACGAGGUGACUCUGGGGAAAACAUCCCCGAACCAGCUGAAGAUCUUGGCCUGGAUGUCAAACCGACCGGAGACUCCGUACGUGAUCCGGCCGUCCUACAGGAACCGGAUUCACUUCCGGAGAGAUGGUGUUAUCGAGAUGCAAGGCAUCAAGACGAGUGACCAGGGGACAUACGAGGUGCAGACGAACUACUUUGGGAGGGAGCUGAGAAACCGUGAUCGUGACCAGUUUGAGAUCCAUGUUGUUGAGCCGGUGUCUGAGCCAGUAGUGGAGAUCAGCAGGAAUACCUCCCACAUCACGCUGAAGUGCACGGCUCUCGGAAGCGGACAGAUCACCUAUCGGUGGGAAAGGCAGACAGACGCUGCCGUUGGGAACGACACCGUCCAUGGAGCCCUGCUGGUCCUGCAGAACGAUGGGCUGAGUGGCCACACCUACAACUGCAUUGCUGAAGAUUGCUGCAGUCGGCAGAUCAGCCUCCCAGUCUCUGCAGACUUCAACCCAGCCAGCAAGUCCAGAAAUUAUUGGGCCAGUGUCCUCAGCUUUACAGUCGUUGUGAUGUUGAUCUUGGGUCUGUAUCUGCUCAGGAAAUCUCAGUCAAGCCCACUCAGAAACCAAGGACCAGGAGAGUUCCAAUGAGGAUGAGCGUUCAGACUUGGAAUCUCGUGUCUCCUCUGACCCAGUGUGAACUGGAACUGGGACAGUGCUGAACAUGUCCCUCCCUCCAGCUGCUGUCUCUACCAUGACCCCCACCCACCCAACCCCUGAUCACAGGACGUCUGCACCUUACACUGUGUGGGAGGUGUCACUGAGAUGCUGGGCUCCCCAGUGUGGGGCAGUUCCUGACUGUAGCAACUACUGGGAAACUGAUUGAAAUGGUGCCAUGUAUAUAAAUCUGUGUAUUUAAUAUUUGAGUAAAUAUGUUGAUUGAUUAUUUAUUUUUGAUUUGUACAUGUUUAAUGAUUCUACAUGUUAAUCUACUCUUUGUAUGAAUGUAUAAAUUUUCUGUACAUUGUUGAUUAAAAACAUUUUUUGUUGAAAUAAAUCAUUCCUGCCUCUCUGUAAAAAUAUGUGAAUAUCUAUUAAAAG